AUGAAGGCUGCGGGACCUCUUGGCAAGGUGGCCGUGGUGACGGGGGCGUCGCGGGGGAUUGGGCUCGCAACGGCCCGCCUACUCGCACAGAGGCACCAGACCUCCGUCGCACUGUUGAGUAGGAACGAAGCAGAGUUGGUCAAGGUGGCUGCCGGUCUGCCCGCGGUUGAGGGCGGAAAGCAUGUGGCCAUCGCCUGCGAUGUGUCACAAAACGAACAAGUGGAAGCGGCCAUCCGACAGGUGGAGAGGGAAUACGGGCGGGUGGACAUUCUGGUCAACUGCGCCGGUGUCGCUGAUGAUUGCCUCUUCGUCAAGUCAAGCGCCGAAGCCAUGCAUAACGUGGUCGGUACCAACCUGCUAGGUGCGAUGUACCUGAGCAAGGCCGUUCUGCGACCCAUGAUCAAGCAGCGUUAUGGGCGCAUCAUCAACGUGGGCAGCGUGAUCGGACUGAUGGGCAACUCUGGCCAAGCGGCCUAUUCUGCCUCGAAAGCUGGGCUUAUAGGGCUCACAAAAUCGCUGGCGGUGGAGUACGGACCGCGGGGCAUCACCGUGAACGCAGUGGCGCCGGGCUACAUCGACACGGAAAUGCUGCGCGACGUUCGGGACAAGAUCGACCUCACCGCCAUCCCGCUCCGACGGCUCGGCCAGCAGGAGGUGGCGGACGCGGUGAGCUUUCUGGUGGGCAGCGACUACCUCACGGGCCAGGUCAUCGUGCUCGACGUGGGCAGUGAGGCUGCUGCGCUCUCGCAGGCCAGGAGCGGCGCGGCGGCGACCACGGUCUCCGGAGGAGAGGUCGCCCUCUUUGCCGGCGGCCAGACCUGGAACGGCAAGGUAUCCGACGUGGUGGACAUGUUCAACCGGUCCUCUGGCGAGUGGCGCACCGCUCGGCUCAGCCAACCCCGCUACGGGGUCCGUGCCGCCUCCGUAGGCGACCUGGCCUUCUUCGCCGGCGGCGCCGCGUACGCCGGCUCGGUUGUGGACAUCUACAACGCGUCGUCCGAUCAGUGGACCACGGCCCGGCGAUCCAAGUACACCAGCUACGGGUCGGCGGUGGCGUCGGUCGGCGACAUGGUUCUGUUCUUUGCCGGCAUCGUUGGCGGCCACUGCGCGCAGGUGGACAUGUACAACGUGUCGUCCGGCCGGUGGGGCUGGGUCUGUCUCUCGGAGAAGCGCCUCGGGGUGGUGGCAACGACGGUCGGCGAUCUUGCUCUGUUUGCCUGUUGGAUACUCAUCUCUGGAGUUAUGGGCCCACAAUACCAUUAG